UCGCAUACCUGGUCCCGACGCUUUCGUCCUCGCCUCUUUGCCCAGCUUGAGCUGAAAACUGAGGGAGACGAUCGCACACUAUACGGCAUAGUGCGGUCCCCGCUGUCGGCCUGGCUGGCGGAGCACAUUGCCGUCCUGCGUUUCUCCAGGAUUGGCCCUCGUGGUUAUCCACUCUGGACGGCUCUCCUCCGCCUCCUCCCCGCGUGCCGCAACAUCUCGCAUGAUUUCGGUGGCAAGCCCGUCCGCAUGUUGCUGUCGCACAGCCCAGGUCUGAAGAGCUCGUUGCAGAGCAUUACCUCCUUGUCACUCUACAAUUGCACCUUCCCGUCAUUCCGAACCCUGCUCCGCAUACUAGCCGACAUCACCUACCUGAAAAAUGUUUAUUUCACUGAGGCCGCGAGCAAUGUCUGCACGGGUGCCUUCAGCCAUGUCUGCUCAGUCCAGAUGUGGAGCUGCACGAACAACAUGGCAGUGCCCGCAUGGAUCCUGGCGGCCGCGAGCACACGACACUCGUUCACCAGACGUCGGGCGGUAGGGCCAGAGACAUGGGCCAUCAUCGACCUCAUCCAGACGUUCUUCAAGGACGACGGCAAGCUCGGGCAUUCAAAAUUUUAUAUCGAGGAAGCAACUGCAGGUGAGCUCGACUGGUCCCUCUAUCAGAUUUCUGUACUCACAGGAUGGUCCAAGAUACUUACAGAUUUGUUGGUUCCCUGGUUCUCGCAUACGUCUCAGUCCGGGUUGUCAAGUCUGCGCCUGCCGCCGGCGCCAACGAGGCCUGGUCUGUCCGCCAAAUCGUUCUCGCUACCUCAGACGAAGUAAUUUCGAAAUCGCACCGGUAUUUCCACUCUCGCGAUUGGUCCGCGCUUGCUUCCCUUCUACCCGCGUUUCCACAAUUACAACAGUUCCAAGUCCUCUGCGGGGAGAUCUAUUCAGAAGAGGACUUCCGUGCUCUCUCUGACAAGGUCGCAGAGGCCACGAACAACCACAUGCAUCCGCCCGUCACGCUUCAACAUGACCGUGACCUGCCAGACGGGAGAUACUUGCAGCCAGCACUGUUUGAUCUAACCGAGGCGGAUGUGGAGACUGGAAAGCGGAGUUACUUGAUACCUAG